AUGCUGUAUUCCGAAGGCAAUAAGCUCGUCUUCCGCUACGAUGACCACACACUCUGGAUCGAACCCUGGAAUCACAAUGCGUUCCGUGUACGAGCUACCAAGCUCUCGACAAUGCCAACAGACGACUGGGCGUUAAGUGAGGCACCAAAAGACGUCAGUAGCCAGAUCUCGACCGAGCUUCCCUCUACAGAUUCGAAGGAAGCCAAAGGCGGCGCAACCAUCACAAACGGCAACAUCAAAGCCACCGUCUCCCAUCGUGGCAAAAUCAUCAUCUACAAUAUUGAGAGUGGUCAGAAGCUACUGGAAGAAUACGCACGGCAUCGUAAAGAUGUCUCGGACCCGAAGACUAGUGCUCUAGAGAUCGAAGCUCGCGAGCUCCGUGGCAUCCCUGGCUCGACUGACUUCCAUACUACUCUCCGCCUGGAGUCUGUCGAUCCGGACGAGAAGAUUUAUGGUAUGGGCCAAUAUCAGCAACCGUAUCUCAACCUCAAGGGCACGGAUCUCGAGCUCGCACACCGCAACAGUCAAGCCAGUGUACCAUUCGCCGUGUCAUCUCUGGGCUACGGCUUGCUGUGGAACAACCCAGGGAUUGGCAGAGCAGUGCUGGGUCGCAACGUGAUGAGCUUUGAGAGCUUCUCUUCGAAAGUAAUCGAUUACUGGAUCGUCGCUGGAUCAACGCCAGCCGAGAUCGUCCAGGCGUACGCAGAUGUAAGCGGCCAUGUACCCAUGAUGCCAGACUAUGGUCUAGGGUUCUGGCAAUGCAAGCUACGCUACUGGAAUCAGGAAGAGCUACUCGGAAUCGCGAGGGAGUACAAAAAGCGUGAGGUCCCACUCGACCUCAUCGUCAUCGACUUCUUCCACUGGAAACGGCAAGGCGAAUGGAGCUUCGAUCCAGAAUACUGGCCAGAUCCCGCGGCAAUGGUAAAAGAGCUCAAGGAGAUGAAAGUCGAGCUUAUGGUUUCCGUCUGGCCAACCGUCGAGACAGCUUCAGAAAACUACCAGGAAAUGCUAGAAAAGGGUCUACUGAUUCGCCACGAUCGUGGUGUCAGGGUCGCCAUGCAAUGCGAAGGCGAUAUCACGCACUUUGAUGCCACGAACCCUGAAUCUCGUAAAUUUGUCUGGAGCAAAGCAAAGCAGCAUUACUAUGACCUCGGUAUAAAGGUCUUCUGGCUAGACGAGGCGGAGCCAGAGUAUAGCGUUUAUGACUUCGAUCUCUAUCGAUACCAUGCUGGACCCAAUAUGCAGAUCGGGAACAUAUUCCCGAAGGAGUAUGCACGCGCAUUCUACGAAGGUAUGGAAGCUGAGGGUCAGAAGAACAUCGUCAACCUCCUGAGAUGCGCAUGGGCUGGGUCGCAGAAGUACGGUGCACUCGUCUGGAGUGGCGACAUUGCCUCCAGCUGGUCAUCUUUCCGCAAUCAGCUUGCCGCAGGACUAAACAUGGGGAUGGCAGGUAUACCCUGGUGGACGACAGAUAUUGGCGGCUUCCAUGGCGGCAAUCCUGACGAGCCAGAGUUCCGCGAGCUUUUCACACGCUGGUUUCAAUGGGGUACUUUCUGCCCCGUCAUGCGUCUUCAUGGUGAUCGCGAGCCGAAACCUGUCAAUGGCUCAGGUACCGCGCCUGGAGCUCCGAACGAGAUCUGGUCAUACGGCGAUGAGAUCUACGAGAUUUGUAAGAACUAUAUCAAGAUCCGCGAGCGGCUACGUGAGUACACUAGGGACCUCAUGACAGAGGCACACGAGAAGGGUACCCCUGUCAUACGACCACUGUUCUUUGAAUUCCCGAAAGACAAGAAGUCUUGGCAGAUCGAGCAGCAGUAUAUGUAUGGCCACAAGUAUCUUGUUGCGCCAGUAUUGGAGGCGAAGCAGAGGAAGAUGACGGUCUAUCUUCCAAGUGGAGCCAGCUGGAAAGCAUGGGAUGGCGGCAAGAUAUAUGAUGGAGGCCACGAAAUUGAGGUCGACUGUCCGAUCGAAAGUAUGCCGGUUUUCGAGCGCCAGUAG